UAUGACACACUUACGGCAGCUGUGGCUCAGUGGUAGAGCGAUUGCCUGCCAAUUGGAAGAUUGGUGGUUCAAUCCUUGCCCCUGCAGACACUGAACCCCGAGUAGCCCCCGAUGCUGCGCGAGUGUGAAUGUGACGGCUGGACAGUUGUUGGACAAGGCAGGAAGAUAACUCAACAAGCAGACAUUGAAGAUUCCUAUGUUGCAGCUAACAUAAAGAGGGACUAUGGUCUGAAAGAAUGCUCCGUUUUGUCAAAUCCUGUGUGGUUUAACCAGGAACUUUUGGAUGUGUUGGGUGACGGCAGGAUUCACCUUCCUCCUGCACUGAUCAAAGCCAUUCCAAAGGGCCAGAAGAAGACAACCACAAAACUUCGCGAGAGACCAAAUGGAUGCAGGAAACGAAAACUCUACCAGCAGGAGGAGGCAACACCAUUGGUGGACUUGGUCAGCCCAUCACCUGCCAGAGUUGCGGUGGAAGAAGUCAACCCCCAUUCUUCUAAUCCAUCAUUGAAGGACACCAGGGAGGACCAUGCCGUAAAGCUUCAAGAAAGAACCCCAGUGUCACAGAGGACAGAGGAUGUUCAUCAGAUGCCAAGCAACAAAAGAUGCAAAAUGGCACAGCAUGAAGACAGCAAAGAUGCUCCAUCUGUGGUGAUUGCCACUAGCUUGUUCUUCCUAUCAGUGCUGACUCCACUUUCCAUUAUACUGCACACUGCUUCAGCUAUAUUUGUAGCAUCUGGCUUUGAGACAGCUUUUACCCCGACAAAAAUCAACUUUGACUUUCCCCUCACUGCCACUCCUGACGUAGACCAUUUCUUCUUCCAUCACUGCACUGUUGAGGGAUCCAUCUGA